AAGGCAGCAGCAGCAGCAGCAGCGCCUGCUUUUACGCAGGGAAGGAAAGAGGGAGGAGAAAGGAAAGUUUCAUCAUCGCUCCAGAGAGCGGAGCGGACUUAUAAAGGCGGCAGGCCCCCGCUCGUUCCAGACUGGCUCAUGGGAAGGUUGAGGAGGAGACGGCGAAGGAAAGGCAGGCAGCCGGCGCAGCACCUGGGCACGGCGCUCCUUCGGGCAAGCGGCGCGGGCGCUAACUUGUGCUUCAUCUCCCGAGGGGUCGCCUGGCCGUGCAGACCCAACCAUGGGGAUCCAGAGUGAGAGCAGCAAAACGCCGAGAAUCGGGAACAACCCUGCUUCUUUAAGCACCUGUUCCGGGAGCGUCUUCUGUAACAUUAAGGUGUUUGUGGCCUGCCAUAGCCUGCUGCAGUUGGCCCAGCUCCUCUACAGUGCCUACUUCAAGAGCAGCCUGACGACCAUCGAGAAACGCUUUGGCCUCUCCAGUUUGUCCUCUGGCUUUAUCUCCAGUUUACAUGAGAUUGGCAACGUCGUCCUCAUCCUCUUUGUGAGCUACUUUGGCAGUCGUGUUCACCGGCCUAGGAUAAUCGGCCUGGGAGGCCUGCUGUUGGCCCUGGGGGCCUUCUUGCUGACCCUUCCCCACUUCCUCUCCGCCCCAUAUGAAUACUCUGCAGCACACCUCAAUAACAAGAGCAGCAACACCAGAUCUGAACUCUGCAACAGCCAAUUCACCUGUCCAAAUGCCACCGUGAAUGUCCAGGCAGAGGCCGGCACCAUGUGGGGAAUAAUGGUAGUUGCUCAGCUGUUGGCAGGAAUUGGGACAGUCCCCAUACAGCCUUUUGGGAUCUCCUAUGUGGAUGAUUUUGCUGAACCAAACAACUCUCCCUUAUACAUAGCCCUGUUAUUUGCCAUUGCAGUGUUUGGCCCAGCCUUUGGUUACUUGCUUGGCUCUGCAGCACUGCGGAUAUUUGUGGACUUUGGGAGGGUUGAUCUGAAGGAUCUGAACUUGACCCCAGGAGACCCGCGGUGGAUUGGAGCAUGGUGGUUGGGGCUGCUCGUUGCCUCUGGCUGCUUGCUCCUCACUUCCAUUCCCUAUUUCUUCUUCCCGCGAUACAUGCUCAAAGGGAAGGGAAUGGUGUCUGAGGUGGACAUCCUGAAGAAGAUUGAGAAAGCUGAAGCAGAGGAAGGAUCUCUGGUGGAUUUUAUUAAAAAAUUCCCUCGAGGCUUCCUAAGACUGCUUCUCAAUCCGCUCUUCAUGUUGUUGGUCAUGGCCCAGUGCAGCUUCUCUUCCGUCAUUGCUGGCCUCUCCACGUUCCUCAACAAGUUCCUGGAGAAGCAGUUCAGUGUCAGCUCUUCCUAUGCAAAUUUUCUCAUUGGAGCUGUGAACCUGCCUGCAGCUGCUCUAGGAAUGCUCUUUGGUGGCCUCAUCAUGAAGCGUUUUGGUUUCUCCCUCAAAGCCAUUCCGCGGUUCUCCAUUGUUGUCCUACUUAUCUCCACACUCUGCUGCCUCCCUCUCUUCUUUAUGGGCUGCUCCACACAGAAAGUGGCUGAUAUCCAUCUGGCCAGUACAUCAAGUUCCACAGCUCAGGAUCUGUGCAACGGAGCGUGCUCCUGCUCAGAGUACCUCUUCCACCCAGUCUGUGGAGAUGAUGGUGUGGAGUACCGCUCUCCCUGCCAUGCUGGGUGUACUGGUUUCUUUUCUAAUUCUUCCAUGAUCUAUACAAACUGUUCCUGUAUCAAGACUGCACAAUCCUCAGCAAAGACCGGAUCCUGCCCGGUCAGUUGUGCCCGUUUGCUGCUGCCUGUUAUAUUCCUCAUCUCCGGUGCUGCACUGAUUGCCUGCCUGUGUCACAACCCUCUCUACAUGAUGGUGUUACGGGUGGUGAACUAUGAUGAAAAGUCAUUUGCUAUUGGAAUCCAGUUCUUGUUGAUGAGGUUGCUAGCCUGGUUGCCGGCUCCUGCCUUCUUUGGCUUCCUCAUCGACUCCUCGUGCCUCUGGUGGAGGAAAGAGUGCAACAAGAGCAGCGGAUCCUGCACUUACUACGACAAUAACUUCCUUCGCAGCAGGUACUUAGGCCUUCAAGUGGGCUACAAAAUUGUUGGCAUUCUGCUAUUAUCCCUAAUCAGCUGGAAGCUGUCAAAGAACAAGGAAUACAACGUGCAAGAGAAAGCUGCUGGUCUAGUGUAGCUCCAUGCUGCAACAGGACCCAUCUCAAGUGCCAUUUUGUACCAUGCCUGUAUUUACUUAACUGUACUCGGCCUCUGCGGCUUUUCUUUUUAAAACAAUAAGGGAACCAUUUCAUAUUAGCAGCUGAACUUUAAACUCAUGCAUCAUCAGCUUCUGCUGCGUGUAGUCCAGCUAAAUGGACACCCCCAUGUUGCUAAAUGGAGAAUAAGCAGGACUCCUGGGGAGGCCAAGCACCCAAUCAGUGUUAGAAGAGUCAAUGGAGCCAGCGAAUCUCUCCAGUGAAAGUUUGCCGUAGAAACUUCUGCAGAGCUAGGAAAAAGGGCACUCAGCAAGCGACAAGCAAGAGAGGCGCCUUCACGGUUGCACUUCUGUCUUCUGCAGCCACUUCUUGACAUGCCCCCGAAAUGGAUGUUUCUUUUGUUCCUAAGCUGUUGGGACAGGCAGUCGGAAGAAAGGUGGCUUCGUCUCUCAAGGGGCAUCAAAGUGACGGGGACAGCAACUAACACCUGUUACAGUUAAGAGUACCUUGUGGAUAGCUUAAACGCUGGUGAGGAGGGCGCCGUCCCCUUGACCACUGGAUCUUUGUACUGAGUCCAUCAAACGUGUUGUGUUACGCCAGGAUUGACCAAGGUGACCAAGGCAUAGAACCAGAUCAGAAGGGUAAGGCAGUGGGGAGGCAUCAUAACUCAGCUCAGCACCCCACCCCCACCUCAUCAGGCCUC